UGUGUUGCUGGCUGGCGGGCCCAGGCGACAAAAGAAGACUGACCGUCUGGUGGCCAGUUGAGGCACCCUCGGACAGUGGCCGCAGCCAGGCAUGGCAGACUCUGCCCAGGCCCAGAAGUUGGUGUACCUGGUCACAGGCGGCUGUGGCUUCUUGGGGGAGCAUGUGGUGCGAAUGCUGUUGCAGCGGGAGCCCCGGCUCCAUGAGAUCCGGGUCUUUGACCUACACUUGGGUCCCUGGCUGGAGGACCUGAAGACAGGGCCCGUGCAGGUGACUGCCAUCCAGGGGGAUGUGACCCAGGCCCACGAGGUGACAGCAGCUGUGGCCGGAGCCCAUGUGGUCAUCCACACAGCUGGGCUCGUGGACGUGUUUGGGAGGGCCAGUCCCAAGACCAUCCACGAGGUCAACGUGCAGGGUACACAGAACGUGAUCGAGGCUUGUGUACAGACUGGAACACAGUUCCUGGUCUACACCAGCAGCAUGGAAGUUGUGGGGCCUAACACCAAAGGCCACCCCUUCUACAGCAUUAAGUCUUUCCUCUCUCUCCCUAGGGGCAAUGAGGACACCCCAUAUGAAGCAAUACACAAGCACCCCUAUCCUCGCAGCAAGGCCCUGGCUGAGCGGCUGGUCCUGGAGGCCAAUGGAAGGAAGGUCCGCGGGGGGCUGCCCCUGGUGACAUGUGCCCUGCGUCCCACGGGCAUCUACGGUGAAGGCCACCAGAUCAUGAGGGACUUCUACCGCCAGGGCCUGCGCCUGGGGGGCCGGCUCUUCCGGGCUGUCUCGGCCUCUGUGGAGCACGGCCGGGUCUAUGUGGGCAACGUGGCCUGGAUGCACGUGCUGGUGGCCCGGGAGAUGGAGCAGCGCGCGGCACUGAUAGGUGGCCAGGUGUACUUCUGCUAUGACGCAUCACCCUACAAGAGCUACGAGGAUUUCAACAUGGAGUUCCUGGGCCCCUGUGGACUGCGGCUGGUGGGCACCCGCCCGCUGUUGCCCUACUGGCUGCUGGUGCUCCUGGCUGCGCUCAACGCCCUGCUGCAGUGGCUGCUGCGGCCGCUGCUGCUCUACGCGCCCCUGCUGAACCCCUACACACUGGCUGUGGCCAACACCACCUUCACCGUCAGCACCGACAAGGCUCAGCGCCAUUUUGGCUAUGAGCCCCUGUUCUCAUGGGAGGACAGCCGGACCCGCACCAUCCUCUGGGUGAAGGCCACGGAGGGCUCAGCCCAGUGAUCUAGGGCCGGGGCCUGGAGACCCGUCCAGUGCCUCCACCCAGGCCCCGGCCCACACCCCUGGCUGGGAGGGAUGACUGUAGUCCAGAGCUGGAGGCAGGGCUCUGGCACCAGACCGGCUGUCUGGAGCCCACCACACUUUAAGUCCACAAGCCCUGGGUCUGCAUUGGGUCCUGAUGCCUCCAAGUUCUAGGGCAGGGGUUUGGGACCAGAGUGACUUCACUCUCAACCCGGGUUCUGCCACCUGGAUGGUCCCAACUGCCUGUCCCGCUGGGGCUUUUCCAGCUGGAAGCAGGCAGAGGCUCCACAGGCCACACGCUGGUCUCCAGCCAUCCGGGUGGAUCUUCAGGCCCAGGGUCAGAGUGGAGAGGCUUCUCUGGCUCCUCCACAACCUUCGUCCCUCCUUGGGGAGUUAUAUUCCCAUUGUUUUAAAAAAUGUAUCACCUUUAGACAUUUAUCUUUGAAUUCCCCUCAACGAAGGCUGAGGAAAUCAGUAGGUUUUUACUACAUCUCACCCCUCCACCCACAUUCAGUUCCUGCCAUCGUGUUAGUGCUCUGCUGAGGGUGCCCCGGGAAUGCUGUACCUGGCCAUGCCCUGGAUUAAAAUCCUUGUCCAAG